AAUGGUUGGAAGAAGAAAGGUUAAACCUCCUGGAAGAUUUUUGGAGGGAGUUAUUGUGUGGUAUGUUGUACAAUUUACGUUGGAUAAGGAGCUCAGUGAUCCAAUAUCUGCUGAAGAUGUAGAAGAUGAUGAUGGCAAGACGGCAUUAGACAGGACUUUUGAUGUUGGGGAUUCCUGUUCAGGGAUGUGGAGGGAUGGGAAUUCAUAUGAGGGGAAAAUUGUGUUUGCAUCAGAUGAUAAAGAAAAAUGCUCAAAAUAUGUGAAAGAUAAAAGGAAAACGAACAAAGGGAAGAGGAAAUCAGAAAGUGAACUAGUAAAACAAAAAAAGAUAUUGUUUUCAGAAAAUGCAGAAAAAAAGAAAAAAGAAGAAAAGCAAAGAGUGGAGACAGCUAUUAAAGAUGCAGAGGAAAUUUUUAAGCAAUGCAUGCCAACUUCAAACAAUGUAGAAUCCCGGAAACAAGACGAUGAAUCAUGUGCAAACAAUGUAGCCUUAUUCUCGAGUGAGGACCACUACAUGCCCAAAAGAGGCAUCAAGAUAAACAAAUGUCAUUAUAAAAUCCUUGAAAAUGACACCCCAGUACCAACAGGAUACACAGAACUGGUUGAGGGACAACCCCUCCUGGUGCCUGUCCCCUGGUUACACGACAUACAGGGGACUUUUAAAGGGAAGACAAAGUCAUGCGCUUUUAAAUUGAUGCUGAAUGGGUUUUUUCAACCACAGGACGUGGUUGGAAAAACAGGAUGCGCUUUGGCGGAUUCUGUUGUAGGAAAAGCCCUGAAAGCUUAUGCCUUAAAGACAUUUGGGCUUAACAGCAGAGCCGUAAUAACUGCUCUUAAUGAAAAAAUUGGAACAAUGGUUCGAGCCCAUAAGAGAAAUUCCAAAACACCCGAGUGA